AUGGGCGUAUCAGGGCUUCUGCCCCUGCUCAAGUCCAUACAACGACCCACUGAGCUCAAGAAGUACAGCGGCGAAACCCUUGCCGUAGACGCGUACGGAUGGCUUCACCGAGCUGCCUAUUCAUGUGCCGUGGAGCUUGGCCAGGGAAAGCCCACCAAACGAUAUGUAAACGCUGCCUUGCAUCGCGUUCGGAUGCUUCAGCAUUUUGGAGUCACCCCGUACAUGGUGUUUGAUGGUGACUACCUUCCGAGCAAGGCUGCCACUGAGAAUUCGCGCGCCAAGACGCGGGAGGAGAGGAAGAAGCUGGCAAAUGAGCUCCUCAAAGCUGGAAAGCCCUCACAGGCCGCUCACGAGUUCCAAAAAUGCAUCGACAUCACCCCCGAAAUGGCAUCGACCCUGAUCCAGGAGCUCAAGCAAAUGGGCAUCCCAUACGUGGUGGCCCCCUACGAGGCAGAUGCCCAGCUUGUAUACCUUGAACGCCAAGGCCUCGUCAGUGGCAUUAUUUCAGACGAUUCGGAUCUACUUGUAUUCGGUGCCAAGCGCCUUUUGACCAAACUGGACCAGUAUGGUAACUGCAUCGAGAUCAACCGACGUGACUUCUGUGCUUGUCGUGAGGUGUCCCUCACCGGCUGGACUGACACUGACUUCAGACGAAUGGCCAUCAUGAGCGGCUGUGAUUACCUCGAUGGUCUGCCAGGCGUUGGCCUCAAGACCGCCCAUCGCAUGUUACGAAAGUCAAAGACACCUGAAAGAGUGGUUCGAUUGCUGCAGUUUGAGGGGAAGCGUAUAUCAGAAAACUAUCUGUCCAAGUUGUAUCAAGCAGAACUGACCUUUCUGCAUCAAUGGGUGUUUUGUCCCGACAAGAAGGAGGUUGUUCAUCUGACAGAAUUGGACAGUUCCCGAACAGCAGAGGAAAUGCCAUUCAUUGGCGCUCACGUUGAGCCCGAACUUGCGAGGGCCAUUGCAAAGGGUGACGUCAACCCCAUCACAAAGACACCCAUUGUCAUCGCCACAACACCUUCUAAGAGGAGACACUCCCAAGCGGCAACUCAAGCCCAGCCGCCGAGAAAGCCGAUCACAUCCUACUUCAAAGGCCACAAUCGCAUACCCAUGGGCGAAAUGGACCCCAAUUGCUUUUCUGUCGACCCUCAACGAGUUGCGCAAAUUACCGAAAGGGGGAUCGUCCCACGGGUGUUUCCCUUGCCGCGACCAUACGUCGACGACCAAAGUGAAAAUCCUGGACGCGGCACAUCAACUCCCAGGCGGCCGAGCUCGGCCCCGACCCGUACUUCCCCUCGACUUCAACGACGGCGAACAGAACCCAUUUCGAGCAUGCUUUGUCACGUCGCAGGCAGCCCAGCUCCGGCAACCGCUGGAGACCCUUCUCUCCCUUCUCCUCUGGGGGCCCCACUGUCAGAGCCUCAGGUCAGGCCAGCCAAGAAGGCGCGUCUGUGUGACGAGCAAGACGAGGAGGACGGCUCGCCAAAGAAGAGCAAGUUCUUCCAGCUCCCUAAAACCAAGAGGAGUCCGGUCAGGGCGAAGAGUGAUGCAUAUCUACUGUCAGAUGACUCCAUUGAAGAGAGCCUCCGGGAUCUGCCUGAUUUUGACGGGUGGAAACCGUCCAACAAACGGGGAGAGCCGAUUGCUAUUUUUAAUGACGGGCCCCAGCUUCCCAACCCCGACCAAAGCCAAGUCUCCAUGGACAAUGGCGAAAACACUAGUCGGGGCACGGAUGUCACCCUGCUAUCCCCGGUUCAGAAUGACUUGGAGAGCCCUGCAAACAACGUGAUGCCUCCGCCCAAGUCCACCAAGUCAACGACAAAGCCACUCAGGACUCCAUCCCGAGGGUCUGAUCUCAGCCGUUUCUCAUUUUGGUCCAGGCCUUCGGCUACCCCCUCGUCGUCCACGUCGCAUCAAUCAUCAGUUUUCAGCGUGGCCUCCACAGCAUCGACUGCUCCGUCGACUAUUGCGUCUCGGCUUACGCCACUGCAAAGACUUGGCGCCCAUGCCACCAACUCCAUGAUGUCCCCCAGGCCAGCCAAACCAAAAGUCAGUCUGGCCAAGAGCAGUGUCAAGGGAUUGCCUGUCAACCCGUCAUUUGUGCCCUUGCCGAAGGUGGACGUGACGGAGGUUGAGGCCCUGAAUAAAUCAUGCGGCAGCGAGGAUCAAAUCGUUCCCGAAAGCGAUGGCGAGAAUGAAGACGAGAUUGAGCUGUGUCCGAGAAAGUUGAACCUGUCUCGAUUUGCGUUUUCCUGA